UUUAAGCACCAGACUCAAAACGUGAAGGACCAAAGCACCACACUGGCAGAACAGAGAGUGAUGUACUCUAAAGAAAUACCUGAUCCAGUCAGUCAGGAUGGAGCUAUAUCCUUCACAGAAGAAGCAGUGUCCAUAUUAACGUCCAGCAGCAUGCUAGCCCGCUCUUUUCUUAUCCAUCCCAGAGUUCUAAAACACCAAGAAAGCUCUGAGACUGACAGCCGUAUCACACAGCGUCGCAAACAUGAGUCUACACCUCCCGAGAAAAAAGACGAAGGUUAUUGGUACAAGCGCAAAAAGAACAACGAAGCUGCCAGGCGUUCGCGUGAGCAACGCCGCAUCAGUGACAAGGCGGUAGAAAACAAAGUUCUGGCUCUUCUUGAAGACAAUGCACGUCUGAAAGCUGAGCUACUGGCACUUAAGUUCAAAUUCGGUUUGAUCAAAGAUCCCACCAACUCACCGGCACAUAUCUGCUCCUUUGGCUCACAUAACCAAACAUUUCCAGCAAUGCGCUACAGCUGCCCCAAUUCAAGCUCACACACUACUUUUGGUCAUCCGUUGACCAAAAACUAUGGGUUCUUCAUGCCUGGAGGGUCAAGCAUUGGGAGCCCAGAGCUUUCAGAUGAUGCUGGAGGUGAACACAUACGACAAUCCUCUUACAUAGCUGGUGAACAGCCAAGCGGUAUCACAGCAGUGCAUACAAAUUCAUUAGGAUGGCAAGCGAACAAUAUGAAAGGCCUUCCUCAUAAACUGCGUUUCAAGACGGCAUGUGGAAUUGAAGAUGCUGAUUCUGAGGUCCUUCUUCCAGGGAAGAAUACUACAGAGGGUUUAUGGAGGCCACAAACACACACAAUGCCAUCAGCUUGGCCAACAGCACAUCAGAAUAACGCUUCAAUCCAGAGGCAUACAGAAAGUCACAGCACUAUUAGAUUCCAGAUUAGCGCUUUGACUGAAGAAGUGGCCCAACUCAGAAAACUGCUCUCCCAACAUCAGCUCUCCAAAGUGAACUGAAAUCAUCCGUCCCACCUGUCUUCUGGCCUAUCCAAAGAAAGAAACCCAUUUGUAUGAUUAUAACAGACAAAUAUAAGAAGCCAGCUGGUUGUUCACUGGAACAGCUGGUAAUCUAAGUGUUUUUUAAUUUAUGUGAAUUUUUAAUAUGCCUGUCUGCUCCACUGGUAAUGUUCGCUACAUGCUGGAUGCGAUGAGAAAUAUUGUGAAAAGCUCUGCUGUCUUCUGUAUCUGCUGUUGUAGCAUAUGGUGCUUUGUUUAAGCUAUAAGCAACACCGGCAACAUUGAACCUUCACAUAUGGCAAUUCAGUCUAAACCUUUUCUGUGUACCUUUCUUAUUCAGUGCCUGUUAUUUUUUUCAUAAAAUUUCUGUUUGUGCUUUUGCAUGGAGAGAGAACUCUUUUGGUUUUGCCAGUUUGUUUAAAUGCACCUGUGGUUCACAGUUAUCUUCACGUUAAUUUUACAAACAUGU